AUGCACGUGAUCUUAACGAGUUUGGCACAUUUCUUUUUUCGUUCUAAGCGAUUUCGCAGUUGCAAGCAGCUGCGAAAGUCAGGUGGGUUACAUGCACUCCAGCAACCGUUGAAGCAGCACGGUACAAUAAUUGUAGACAAACGUAAAAUGUCGAGUCCUCGAGCCAAACGACCCAAAUUGGAGCGGUUGUCGUCUUUUUAUAGCGAAUACUAUCCACGACCAAAACCUGAUCUUCUGUUAGUACAAAAGUAUCUUAAAGAGGAGAACAAACCUUAUCAUAUUCUCAAUCGGACUUUGGAUGAAACCGCCGAUGCUAGAUCUUCUAUACGUCCUCAGGGAUGUGUAGGCCAUCUAUUCCUCCGCGACUUUCGCCAGAGCGAUAAUACUGGUCUCAAUGCUGCUAGUCGAAUGGCUGCGAAAGAAAACCUUCCGUUGGUGUGCUUGUAUGUUUUGUGCCGGGACGAUCUUUUUGCCCAUGGGGUAAGUGGAUUUCAAUUGGAGUACCGUUUGCGAUCGCUCGAGCUUCUCCGGGAAGAAUUGGCUCAGAAAAACAUCCCGUUGGUGUUUUUAAAUGUUGAUGAACGCAAGGAGGUUGUACCUAUUGUUAAAGAGAAGGCUCAGCAACUCAAGAUUUCCCAUCUUUUUGCCAACAUUGAGUACGAGGUGGACGAAUUGCGUCGCUAUACCAAUCUUUGCAAAGAACUUUUGAAGGCAGAUAUCAGUUUCCAACCUCAUAAUGAUACUACCUUGGCGGUGCCUGGUACCAUCGUCACCAAGUCAAAGGGCACACAAUUUUCCGUUUUUACUCCAUGGUACCGUGCGUGGUGUGCCCACUUGAACAAAAUGAAGGACCCUUUUCAAGUUCGUGCCAAACCUGAGGCCAAUUCAGACGAAUUCAGGCAAAGAAAUAGCCAUCUCUUUGACCUGAAAAUUCCUCAGGCUCCUCCAGGAAAGCAAUUGACAGAAAAGCAAAAAGAAGCCUUUGAAAAAUACCACAAGCCAGGCGAAAACGCAGCGUGGGACGAUCUUCAAGACUUUAUCACCUCGGGUCGUAUAAAGCGCUACAAUGUUGACCGCAAUGAUCCAUCGGUAAAUGGAGUUUCUCGCAUGAGCGUACACUUUGCUUCGGGCACCAUUAAUGCCCGGACGGUUAUUCGUUCGUUACUAGACCACAAGCUCCUUCGUACCAUUGAUUCUGGGAACGAUGGUGCUCGAGAAUGGGCUCGUCAAGUUGCUUGGAGAGAUUUUUAUCGUCAUGUCUUGUGUAAUUGGCCUCAUAUUUGCAUGUUCAAGCCAUUUAUUUCAAAUAUGGACGAGGUCAAAUGGGAAUACAAUUCCGACCAUUUCGAGAGAUGGUGUCAGGGUAAAACUGGUUAUCCCAUUGUGGACGCUGCUAUGCGCCAAUUGCUGGAAAUGGGUUACUUGCACAAUCGAGUUCGAAUGGUGGUUGCGAGUUUUUUGUCAAAACACUUGAUGAUCGAUUGGCGAGAGGGUGAACGGUACUUUUUAGAAAACUUGGCUGAUGGUGAUUUCCCUUCAAACAAUGGUGGUUGGGGCUUUUCUUCAAGCGUGGGUGUGGAUCCUCAGCCAUAUUUUCGUAUUUUCAAUCCAUGGACCCAAGCUGAAAAAUUCGACAAAAAAGGAGAUUAUAUUAGAAAAUGGCUUCCGGAGCUUCGUGAAAUACAAGACGUCAAGGGUAUUCACAACCCGUACGAAAAUGGGUACAGACAAAUAGCGGAGAAAAAUGGUUAUCCUCCUCCCAUUGUGGACCAUAAAACUGCUCGCGAACGAGCAUUAGAACGUUACAAAGAAGCAAAGUACUAA